AUGAAUGCUAGUGGAAGAUCUCAUUCCAAAGGCCCCAUUAUAAGGUCUGUGUCUUUAGAAGAUCUUAAGAGAAACUCUAGUUUCAAAGGCAAUCUAAAGUACAAAGAUGAAGUCACUUCACAUAAAGAACCACAGGUCGGAACAUUGAGCAACGAAGAACUGCUAAAAGAUUUGGACAACAUGUUGCGCGGUAAACUGAACAUGGGAAGAAACAGUUUUCAUGCCGAUAAAAGAAAUAAAUCAGAUGGAAAUAUCAGUGCCUUAACCUUCAAGGCAAGAUCAGGUCUUGAGGGAGAUAUUCGUACCAUAGAUAUACAGCAAGAUAGUAGUGAUGAAAAUGAUAAUUUUAAGUUCAGUGAUGAUGGCGUUAAUAAGGAUAGAAAUAAUGAGAAAGAUAAUAAUACUGAUAACGCCGUUGAAUUUCAAGACGAUGCUGAAGAAGCUGAAGAGGAGAAUGAGGAUGAAUCAUUUGCUAAUGUAGAUGAACUGGAUGGCUUUGAUUUGAAUAAGGUUUCUGAUGGCAAGCAUGUUCCUAUCAAUGAAAAGGGCGAAGUUGAUUAUAAUAUGCCGGUAGAUAAAGAAUUUCAGAAAUCACUUGACCAGUGCGCAGCUUCACUUGAGGAAAGAUCAAGUGCACCUUAUGCUUUACAAAGAGCAGUGGACUGGGAAUUGAAGAUGUUUUAUUCUUUGGAAGAUGAACUGUCGGAAUGGUUUUGCAGCUCUGAUUAUAUGCAUUUUGGACAGACACAGACUCUGUUUAAACAGAAAAUUACGCAACCACAAUUAUUCUUUGAUGAUGAAAACUAUGCUGCGAGCGUAGUUGAAUGUUUAAUUGAAGACAUCCCCAAUUCUUUAGCAUCUAAUUUACUCGCAUUAUCAUAUAUUUCUAUGGGAUGCUUUGCGUUUACGAAUAGCAAAAGUGAGCAUACAAAGAUUAUACGACGCAACAAUUUAAUGCUUGUUCCUCAUAUUCAAGAAAUUGUUCAUGCCUUCAAGAAGAUUGCAAUAAGUUGUAGGGAUGACAACAGAAAUUUAAAGAAACAAACAAUUUUGCUAUUUCAUUCGUCAACAAUCCUAUACUUCAUAUGCAGUAUUUGUAUAGAAGGUAGAGGAGAAAAUCCGGAAGCAGUAAAUGUUGUUAUCGACGCUUUUGAGAAAACAGAUUUGUUGGAAUUUUUAACAAAGUAUAUUGAAAAUUGGAGGUGGAAUAGCAGAUUAGCUAUGCGCAUAAGAAAUAUGAUUUCUUUGCUCUUCAAGCUUAUUGUAUUACAAUUUGGUGACAGUUCUGUCUACAAACAGACCAAAUCAUCUAUUUAUAAUCUCCAUGGCUUAACAUAUCCAUCAAAGCAUCCAGAAAAGCUUUCUAUCUCCCCAUUACAUUAUCAAGCAUUCAGGGAGGACAUUACUUCCCGUUUUCCUGAUUACAAUAUGCCCAGUUCUGGCUUACCUAAAGAUGUUGACAAAUCAGAAUCUCUUUCCCAGUUUCUGGAAAUUCCUCGUCCAAAAUCAAAGAAUCCUCUAAAUAUGGCGCUCAUUGUUCCUGAAAAACAUAUUGCUACACCUGCUCCUUCACCGCCAAGCUCUCCACAAUUAAUGCAUUUAGGUGAAGGUCCUAGACCUCGUAAAUCUUUCCAAACAAACAUGGCAUAUCCGUGUUUGUAUCCAUCUGAUAAUGAAGGAUCUGAAGAUGACACUCUGGAAGAUAGGAUAGAUUUAAAUAUAGAGAGAAAACCUGAUAACGAUAUAGUUAUUCCAUUCAGUACCGAAGAGGCAGCGAGAAUAUUAAGCGAGAGUUUAGAAAUUAAGCUGAGUACAAAACAACUUUGGUACGAAAGGGACUUAUUCAUGAUAACUGAACGUGGUUGGAAACAGCAAUUAGAAAAUGAGCCAUAUGAUUAUGCCGCGCUUAAUCAUGAUGCAAACUCUUCAAAAGAGGAAAAAAGUGCGAUUUGCAUUAUGCAGCGAAUUGACAAAUAUUAUAAGAGCUGCCUUUCGAGCUUUAACUCUCUUGUUUUUGUCUUACUGCAAACAAUGGAAUCAAGCUUGACAAAUAACUUUCAUAGGAAAAGUGAAGUCUCCGAUAAAAAUCUUCUAAAUAUGCUGACACCCCAAUUGGAGAUCGUGAGAGCUAAGGAAUUGUCCCUAAAGUCAGCAGCGGGCAUAUUACAUGCGUUAUUGAAGUGGUUUAAGUUAAGCCAUAUUUUGAAAUUUGAACACUUGGCGGUAGUUAUUCACGAUUCGCGAUACAUCAACACAUGCGCAUCUAUUUUAAGCAAAUAUUCUGAGGUUUAUCCAGAGAGGGUUUUCAAUAAAUAUGUACAAACCCCGAAUUCAUUUUGGAAGGAGUGUUCUCUCUCUAACGAGUCUUAUCGUGAAUCCUAUUCAGUAGAUGACUCAGGAGAGGUCGACACGGAGAUUAUGCCUUCGUUUGCAUAUCUGUUAAGAAUCUUGAGAAAAGUCACAGGGAAUAAAACACAAAGGUUAAAGGAGCUGCCCCUCUCCAUCGGCAUUCUAUUUAAACGCUAUUAUCGGCUCUUCAACCUUGACAUGUAUCAUCCAAUAUUGAAAAUAACAAGAGAACUCACACCAUUCAAAAACAAGAGGUGGAAAUCCGAGCAUAUGGAAUUGAUAUCGGGGGUUUACCUUUAUGAAAAGCUGGAGUUAACUGAUAAUUGGGUAACAGGGAAGGAUAUAUCAGGAGAGUUGAGCGAUGCUUGUGGUCAAGAAAUUGCACUCCGGGCCUUGCUUCAAUUUUACAAUUUUCAACACUAUGAAAUAUCUAUGGAGGACCUUGGAUAUGGACACCGUAAUAGUUCCAGCCAAGAUCUGUUAAACAAGGAAUCCGAGUAUUUGAAUAUUUAA